GUGUGGCAGCCGUAGGUAAACUUGCCUCCCAGAGUGUGUAUGAGCAACAGGUGAGGAAAAUACAUCAGUACCAAAGAACACAAAAUGCACAAGUCUUUCGUUAAAAUUUAUGUUUUCGUGUUGAUUAUUUGGGCUGUGGAAAAAUCUGAUUGCAAACAAGGAGCAGCAUGCUUAAAUUAUGGUCAUUCGUGCUGGGGAGCUCACGGCAAACGCAACGUGGAUGGGGCAAACGACCUGGACACAUUGUUAAGAUAUCGGAUGGCUUUGUUUAAGAAAUCUGUACACAAAGACUCGUCUAUAGAUUCAAGUCCAGACCAAUCACAAGAAGAUAUGCCAAACUAUUACAACAUUUUCAAACAUUAUUCGAAAAUAAAUUCAAUGAAAACGAAUAACGAUGACACCGUUGACACCUGGAGCGUUGAACCGAGCAAUCACUUACCAAAUGGUAGGUCAUACUACGAAGAUCAAGUCUUAGAUCCCAGGAUUGAAUAUAAGAUUAUGAAAAUAUAGGCGAAGAAUUAUCACAAUUUAUUCUAUAACGUUAAUAGUUAAUACUUGGAGAAACCGGAAAAAUUAAUAUUUCAAAUAUGUAACAACAAUACCUUUUAAAAUGUCAAAAUAAUAAGGUUAUUGAAAUUUUGGUCACAUA